AUGAAUCAGUUUUCAGUCUCUGAUCUGCAGGAAAAGAGAUGCACAAGUGCUGCAGAGGCAUCCCAUUACUUAGAAAUGUGUAAUGGUAAUUUGGAGCUAGCUAUCAAUUUGUAUUUCCAACAGCUACAACCAUCUUCAUCACAUUCGAGAAAUGGUAGCAAUUCUCCAGAUAUCGGUCAAAUUAGCGAUAAUGCGCAACAGGGUAGUUCUAUGGUUACACGUCGUAAAGUGCGUGAAGCUUCUGGUUCUCGAGCUAAACAGCUACAUAAUAAAAUAUCAGUCGCCGGUCACAGUGAUGUACGUGAACCUAUAGCACCCGUACGUGGACCUAUUAUUGAACAAACAUUUACACAACAGUAUGGUCGACAAAAUAGACCCCAUGUUAUAUCGGUAUUUGAUUCAACUCGAGAUUUUCGUGCAGAAGCAGAAGAGCGAUUACUGUUGUUGCAAAAUGGGCAAAAUUUAUCUGACUCAGUAGUAGCCAAGCGUCUGACAUUGCAGAAUCUUUUUCGCCCUCCUUUUGAUAUUAUGUGCACGGCAAAUUGGAAUGAUGCUCGCGCCGAAGCUCAGCGAAAACAACAUUGGUUGCUUGUCAAUUUACAAGACGACUUGGAAUUUGCUUGCCAAGCGUUGAAUCGUGAUGUCUGGUCGAACUCAUCUGUGAAGGAACUCAUUCGUUCAAAUUUCGUUUUCUGGCAGGUGAGCAAAGAUUCAGCUGAUGGCCACAGAGUCAGCAAUUACUAUCGCAUACAAAGUUACCCUGCCAUUUUCGUUGUUGAUCCACGUACUGGCGAACAGUUGACUACAUUUAUAGCUAAAGACACAGUGUCUUUCUGCGAUCAGGCAACAUCUUUCAUAGACAAAUGUCCAGAUUUCGGAUCUCGAGACAGAUUGUUAACAGGGGAACCAGCAUGUGAUACCUCUGAGCAGUCAACAUCGCAAAAGGGUUUGGAGCAACACAAUAGCAAUGUUACUAUUGAUAUCUUGUCAGCUGCAGCUCGAAAGCGUGUUAACUGUCGAGGCCAAUAUGAAAUGAUGGAGGAUUCUUGCAGCGAUCCAAAAAAACUUCGAGAAGAUAUUGAUGGCAUAAUGGAUAUAGGAAGUAAAUUGACUACUAUCGAUCGAGACGAGUGGCUUAAAUAUCUUGGUCAGGCAGAUGGUUUUGGAUGCCGAAUUUCGUUAUCAUUACGUUUUCCAGAUGGUAGUCGGCAGGUUAUUGAAAUGGAAGAUACAACUACUCUCAAAGCUGUAUUUUUCUUCAUUGCUGGCCUUGGAUUCUAUCCUGCUGAUCAUCAUCUUGUUCUCGAUUAUCCAAAACGUAUGUUUACCGAUCAGGAUCACUGCCGGACACUCCGUGAACUUGGGUUUAACAAGAGAGAGCUCAUUCAUGUAGAGAGACAGUAA